UGAGAAGGAGGGUGGAGAUAGGCAGUUUUUUACGGGGAUUGGUGUGAUCAGGUUUCAAUGCAAAGCACGUGUGAAUAGUCCAGUGCUGCUUUUUCAAUCUGUCACUGAUGCAGAGUGAGCAGGGAGAAUGGGGCAGGUCGGUUGGAAGGGUCUGUGUCUGUCGCUUUUUGAUUAUAAAACCGAAAAAUAUGUCAUUGCGAAGAACAAGAAGGUGGGAAUUCUCUAUCGAGUGGUGCAGCUGUCCAUCCUGGCUUACCUGGUGGGGUGGGUAUUUGUCGUCAAGAAAGGCUACCAGGACUCGGACACCUCCAUCCAGAGCUCCGUCAUCACCAAGCUGAAGGGUGUGGCUUUCACCAACACCUCGGAGCUGGGAGAGAGGCUGUGGGAUGUCGCCGACUAUGUCAUUCCCCCACAGGGUGAAAACAUUUUCUUCGUUAUGACAAAUCUGAUUGUGACCCCAAACCAAAGGCAGGACACGUGCCCUGAGAGUACUGGCAUUCGAGACGCACUGUGCAGCAAGAACAGGGACUGCCCUGCGGGGGAAGCUGUGAUAGCUGGCAAUGGGGUCAAGACUGGCCGCUGUUUGAAAGUCGGGAGCAACACCAAUGGGACGUGUGAAAUAUUAGCGUGGUGUCCGGUGGAGAAAAAGUCCAAGCCCAAGAAACCGCUUUUAGCGACUGCAGAAAACUUCACCGUUUAUAUCAAAAACUCGAUCCGCUUCCCUAAGUUUAAAUUCUCCAAGACUAAUGUGCUAAACACUGAUAAUGACUCCUACCUGAAACACUGCCACUACAGUGCACAGCACCUUUACUGCCCCAUAUUCCAUCUGGGCAAACUCGUGAGCUGGGCUGGGAACAACUUUCAGGACAUGGCAUCUGAGGGUGGUGUGAUAGGAAUUCAGAUUGAAUGGGACUGUGAUCUUGAUAAAGCUGCUUCUGAAUGCAACCCUCACUAUUCUUUUAGCCGUCUGGAUAACAAGUUUGCAGAAAAAUCCAUCUCCUCUGGAUACAACUUCAGAUUUGCCAAAUAUUACAGGGAUGCUGAAGGAGUUGAGUACAGGACACUGAUAAAAGCCUACGGAAUACGCUUUGAUGUGAUGGUGAAUGGCAAGGCAGGUAAAUUUAACAUCAUUCCAACGAUAAUCAACGUGGGUUCAGGACUCGCGCUUAUGGGUGCAGGGGCUUUCUUCUGUGACGUGGUGCUACUGUAUCUGAUGAAAAAGAGCAACUUCUAUCGAGGCAAAAAAUAUGAGGAAGUGAAGUCCACUUCAAGAAAGUCUUUACCAGGUGGAACAGCGAAUGGGAACCAGAACUCAGAAUCGCUGGCUACAUUAGAGCAGCUGAGACAACUACAGACAGUUGAGACCUAAGGGUCUGUCAACUGGAAAACAUGUUCCAUAAAGACUACAAUGGUAAAACACAGCAACCAAACUUUGAGGUGGAGACAGCCAUGGUCAGGUCUAUUGUAUCAUUUGGAUGCUCAGAGAAGAGGUCAGUUAUAGCUAUUCUGUUCAAGAGAGCAGUUUGCUAAAAAUAUCACCCCUUCUGAUCUAAGGCACUCUUCCCUAUCUUGAGCUGGUGACUCCUGUGCCAUUGCUACAGAACUUUUGUAUUAUAAAGAAAAAUGUAGAAGAAACCAGGCAACAUUUUUAUAUGCACAUAAAUAGAUAACCAGCAUUAUUCUGUAGCCCUGCAUUGCUUCUGCUAGUGAAAGGUCAGUGACAAAGACACGUGGCAUUUGACAUUGUUAGGAGAGUUGAGGUUGGGAAACCAGAAUCGCCUUCUGUUCAGCUGCACUGCAACACCAGUUCCCAAGUCCUGUAUGAUCUACCUGUAAGAGCAGAUUGAAAUCCUUUGGGCUGGUGCUGAGAUAAAUAAGAUCCGGCGUUCCAUUCAAUUUGUCUGUAAUUCAAGUAACAUCAUACAAAGGCAAAGUGACUCUCAAGAUGUUUUCAGAGGAAGAGCCCUUAUUCUAUAGACCAUGGUAUCCUCCUAUUUCCAUAGAAGCACUUUACCAACCCCACUCCAAAACCAACCAGGCUCAGUGAUAUUUGCAGUUGGCCUGGCAAAGCUCUCAUGAGCAAAUUAAUAUAGAACUUUUGUUAAAUCUAGUGUUUAAAAAUGCCAAAAUAACCUACAGUAAAGGGAUGAAGUUUGUCCUCUAGUAAUUGGUCCAGGUAACUUGACAUUUUGGGGUACAAGAAAGCAUAGUGUGGCAUAGCAGGUAGCUGAUCAGGGGAAUAGUUUGAAACAAGUUGGGUGAUGCUUCUAAGGAAGUUGACAUAUGCUUUUAAUACUGGCCUGAUGUUAACACUUUUGUCUGAAUUUUCUUUUGGACAAACAGCCAUUGGAAGCUGAAUACGGAAAGAAAGUAUCAAAUAUUCAGUGUGUUAACAGUGUGCAUCAAGGCAUCUGUCAAUAACAGCACAUUCAAUGACCAAGCCUCCCUUCAUUGACCAGUUGGUUUCAUGCUUUUCUCAGCAACUCCUUUUUAUUGUCACUGUGCUUUUUGUUUGGUUCAGGGAUGAUUAUCCUCUCUACCUUACUUACUGAUUCCUGACAAAGGAGGAACUUGAUGCUUCUGCCAGUAGGAAUGGAUAGUCAGAGUUACUGGAUCAGGCAGCUCUAGUCAGGGACAGCUACUCUGUCUGUUUUGUUAUCCACAGUUUGACAUGUGGGUGUGUGGAGAGGAAUAGCACCAAUUGGACUUUGUUUCCCACGUCAUUCUGUAUCUCCCAACCUACUACAAGUUACAGGAUUUAUUUAAAAGUUAGAAAUCUAAUACUUAACUUUUUUUUUGGUUACACGGCUUUUGAAAGGACGAUGAGCCUUUGUUUCUGACUCACAAAACUCUAUGACCUAAAUUCAGAUGGUGAUAUAACUUCCCAAAAAUGGUAGGAAAAAAUACUAGGAAGCAAAACCACAAAAGUCAAUUCUACUUGGCUCUGUGCUUCCUUAGGAUGAAUUUGACUCACUAGCCUUGGAUGAAAAUGGUAGGUGAUGAAGAUUAAGCUGCCUUGCUUUGAAAUAUGACAUUAAUAGCCCCGGGUCAGGCUUUUCACUCAAUUCAAAAACAACAACUGGUGAUUGACUUUAAGGUGAAACCUGACAGCAUUGGCUUGAUGCAAACAGGACCGUGUAAAUUUAACUAAGCCAACAUAACUCAAUCUUAACCAUCUAUACUUAAGUAGUUUUUGAAGCUGAAACAAAUAUAAUACAACGCUAUAUCACCUCCUACUACCGUAUGAUUCACUCAAGCAGCUCAUCACAAAUAAAAACAAGGCUAGGCCUGUUCUGUAGUCUAAUACUUUAACUUGCCAAAAUAAUGUUACCUUGUUAGAAAGGACCUAACCCACUUCCUGAGUUGAAGGCUUUAGGUCCCCCAUCACAAAACUCAAUCCCCAUCCUAUAUAUAUAUUUUUUUAAGGUAAGUCAGUACAGAGAUUAGUCAUAAACAGUAACUAUCAGAUUCUCAGGAGUCUUUUUACAAAAUUUGAUAUUUUUCCUUGGAGUUAAUAUAUAGCAAUGGAAUUUGUUUAUUGUAGGAUAAUGUCUUUUCUGUAUGUUGUAUUAUUUUAGAUAAUUAACCAUAUACAUGCUGGUUUCCCCAUUUUGUUUUGAAAUGCAUACAUAACAUUUGAACAGUACAAGUAUAUUAAUAAAGCUGCCCAUCUAAGUUAACUAAAAUGCCCAUGUUUAAAAGAUGCAUGACUCAAUAUAGAAAAAUAGCUUUGACGGAAUUCAGUAACUAGACCAUGUUAUUUUGCAGGAGACCAAAGGUAUAUUGACUGUAAAUAUAUAGUGUGGCAGACAGUAUUUAUAGUAUUGUCAAUUUCCCUCUUUCAUAUAUAACUACUUUGUUUCAAUAUUAAGUAAAGUUUAAAAUAGAGGGCAGACUAUUUAAAAAGAGCAUUUCAAAGUACAAGUGGGAAAAUGUUUUACACAAUGUUCUGUGUCACUGGUUAGUAAUUUAUGCUUCAGAAUAGGGUGAAUUGCAAAAAUGCUACUGCUGAUUCAGUUUUAUCCUUGUAUGGAAAUACUGCUAAGUGUGCUUUAGAGCCCUGUCACCAUACAAGUGCAGAGACUAUAUACCCGCUCACUCAGAAAACUGAUGAAGAGGGAUUGUAGGGCCUGUCCUAUAGCUGAAAGCUGCAGUUUACAGCUCAGUCUGUCCUUGAUUUUCUUGCAGAAAAUGAAAUAUAUUACCACAAUAAUGCAUUGUAAGUUUGGGGAAAUACUAAGUGAGUCUAUUCCAGAUCUCCGGCUGUGGGUUUGUUCAUUUUAGCUAUAAUGGAUACUGAUUCAUAGGACACUGUGGUUUCCUUUGGCAUAAUGUAGUAUUAUGUCAGUGGAAAGCAUUGUGCAAAUACCACUAAAAACCCAAAACAGUGACUCAUGACUGUACUACUUAUUGCCUUUUAUAUCUGCCAUUACAAAAAGUAUGCUCUGCAAAAGCAAUGCAUGGAAGAGAUUGAAAUGUUUUAGUAACUUUAAUUUCCUAUUUGUAAAGUGACUGUACCCAGGAUCACAGCACUUACACUAAGGAUCCAUACAAAUAAGAUACUUCUGUCCAGUUUCAUGUACAUUUAAUUACAUAUUACCAUGAAACUAA